UCGUACACGACGAGAUUUGCUUCAAAGAAAUCAGGAGGAAGCAGCAAAAACCUAGGAGGGAAGAGUGCUGGCCGUAGAUAUGGUUACAAAAAACAAGAUGGGAACUUUGUACAUGCAGGCAACAUCCUUGCAACACAACGCAAGGGUCUAAUGCGCUGGCAGCCUGGAGCUCAUGUCGGUAUUGGAACCAACAAAACAAUUUAUGCCCUAGAGGAUGGUAUCGUCAGAUUCAUCAAGGAGGUGUACAUUCCUCUACCACGUAGUGCCGAAGCCAGGGAUGUGAUCCCAAAACUUCCCAAGGGUGCUGUUCUGUAUAAGACCUUUAUCAAUAUCAUUCCUACAAAACAGGAGAAUAAAUUUAAACUAGUGGACAUGGUAUGAAAAAGACUUUCUUCAACUCCAGUUUGAUCUGGAUUCUUUGGACUGGUAACCCACCCUGGAAUAUUUUGAUGGUCUCCUUUCAAAUGUUUCAAAAAAUUCAGCAGUAAAAUAUUUAAUUUAUUUUUAUUUGUACAGUCAAGUUAUAUUCUAAUAAAAGUGU